AUGGCUAACAAACAGAACCUUGAAAAACUAGCGGUAGAUCUAUUUAAUAUAAAUGCAGUUAAAUUUGGAGAGUUUAUGACGAAAAGUGGAAUAAAGUCGCCGGUCUACUUUGAUUUAAGGGUCAUUGUUAGUUACCCGGAAGUUAUGGAGUUGAUUACUGAUUUACUAUACGAUUUAGCUCUCAAAGAUGAUCAGUACGACCAUGUGUGUGGAGUUCCAUACACAGCUUUACCAAUAGCAACAUUGCUAGGUGUUAAAGCGCGAAAAUCUAUGUUAAUGAGAAGGAAGGAAGCAAAAGCUUAUGGAACUAAAAAGAUGAUAGAAGGACAUUUUAAAAAAGGAGAUUCAUGUUUAAUAAUAGAAGAUGUUGUAACUUCUGGAUCAAGCAUAUUAGAAACUGUAAGCGAUUUAAAAAGAGAAGGACUAGUUGCAAAUCAAGCUGUUAUAAUAUUAGAUAGAGAACAAAACGGCAAACAGAAUUUAGCAGCUAAUGGUGUUUACAUAAAAUCACUUUUCACUAUGUCGGAGAUACUGAAAAUUCUGGUUGAUAAUCAAAAAAUAACAAAGCAAAUGAGUAUUGAUGUUAUUAACUAUUUGAAUGAUGUUAAAGCUCCUGCAUCUGUUCCAGUUGUAGACAGAAUAAUACUUCCAUAUGAGAAAAGAGCAGAGCUAGCAGUGAAUCCAGUUGCAAAACAAUUGUUUACUAUCAUGGCUACAAAGAAAUCUAAUUUAUGUCUAUCUGUUGACCUAACAUCAUCCAUAGAUAUACUUGAUUUAUUGGAAAAAGUUGGCGAACAUGUAUGCUUAGUGAAGACCCACAUUGAUAUCAUUGAAGAUUUCUCUGAUAAUUUUGUAACCCAAUUAAAACAGUUAGCACAAAGAUUUAAUUUCCUGAUUCUGGAAGACAGAAAGUUUGCCGAUAUUGGGCAUACAGUAUCAUUGCAAUAUUCUAAGGGUAUAUAUAAAAUAGGUGAAUGGGCCGAUUGUGUGACAUCACACUCUUUACCGGGAGAUGGUAUCUUGAAGGCUCUGAACAAUGCAAUGGAUUGUGCUAAUAGGGGUGUAUUUCUGCUAGCUGAAAUGAGUAGUGCAGAUAAUCUUAUUACUCCAGACUAUACUGAGGCAACAGUCAAAAUGGCUGCCAAAUAUCCCGAGGCUAUAGUUGGAUUUGUUUGCCAAAAUAAGAAAACAUUUAAUGAACCUGGUUUCAUCCAACUCACACCGGGAGUUCAGCUUGAAAGUUCAAAGGAUGAGCUUGGACAAGUAUACAACACUCCAGAAAAAGUUAUAUUAGAAAAUGGUGCCGAUGUUGUCGUAGUUGGGAGGGGGAUAGUCGCUGCCAAAAGUCCUGAAACUCAAGCGGUAAUCUAUAAGGAUACUCUGUGGAAAUGCUACAUGAAAAGAAUUUCUGGCAAACUAGAAUAG